AUGUCGAGUAGACAUAAAAGAAGUUCACGCAGUUCAGCCAAACGCUCGGAAUACCCCACCGAUUGGUCGGAAUGGGAAUGGGAAGAGAACCGGCAAUGCUUUCGACGAUAUCGUCUAGAUCGUCAUGGCGAAUACGAAUAUGACUACGGCGAUUCUAUCGAAAAGUCGAGCAACGCAGCUCCCAGAUUCGAACCAGUCACUCAGUCUGGGCCUUCGGCAUACGCUCAGCAUUCCGAAGACCAUACCACGUAUCAACCUCCAUUAGACUUCUCGCCACCAAAGCUUUACGACGCACAACGUGAACCAAGUUCCUAUUCCCCUGGAUUGGGGACACUUCCAGUUGCUAGUCCAAGUUUCGGUCAACAAGCAAUCCCUGAUAUUGUCUCUGGAUUGGGGACACUUUCAAUCGCUAGUCCAAGUUUCGCUCAACAAGCAGACCAGCUUGAUCCACGUACGCAAAGCUUCUCCCUUGAAUCACAUACCCUGACCAUCGCAGGAUUCACUAUCCGAGACCAACCCUCCCGCUUCUUCCAGAUCGGAAGGGUCUUCAAAGUCCUCUGGACCGAGCCAGCCUCAGAGACAGCGAAUGAUCUGGAUAAUUACACCUCACACACAGUGGCGUUUGGGCAGCUCGCGUUUUCUAAGAUUCGGAGGUUUGUGGUUAUACGGAAGCGACUACAUUGCUGUCUGUGCCUUCCCAUCCUGACGUACGGGGGCCAAGGUGCUACCAAGGCAGGUGUUCGAGCAUCGGACCAUGCAAUAGUACAUGACGCAAACGAAUCUGAACCUGAUGCGGCCCCUGGUGAAUUGCUUGGCAAGUAUGCUCUUAGAAUUGUUCUUGAAGUAGAGGGCGAGACACUUGAUCCCAUGUCUCGCAUUGAUUUUGGAAAGGUGUAUACGGUGCAACACAACAUCAAGGUGAUGAAUGUGGGGCGGAUCCACAAAUUGGAUAUUAGGUCCCUGAAACGGAGUUACAACGAAAGUAUGCGCAUGGAUGAUGACGACGAUAACUACUGA